UGUAACCCAUGUGGAAUCUCACCCACAUGAUGGCAAAUUGAUUGUACUACAGAGGCCGUGAAGGGUCAUUCUGCUGGAAGUACGGUGGUACAGUACCCUGCUGCUAUGGACAUGGCAGGUGCACUUGUCAGGCUUGUAGCAGCCGCCAGCAGGAGACAUGGGUGCUGUAUAUUGAGACAGACAAGGACUUUCACAGCCAACUCCAGGAACUUCAUCCCUGGCCAAGGACGUCAUCCAAGGUGUUUUCCCUGGAUGGUGAGACACUAUGUACAGGAGAGGAAAGGUACAGGUUGUCGGUUUACACACUCGGAUACAUCUCAUGCUACAUUAGCCAGUGUUGUACCAGUAUUUUCUGUGAUGAAAUUUGACAAGGAUGGAAACAUAUUGUCAUUUGAGAGAAAAAAGACCGAGUUAUACCAAGAGCUGGGUUUACAGGCUCGGGAUUUAAGAUUCCAGCAUCUUGUGAGCAUCAACUCUAGAAACAACAAGAUCAUUUUAAGAAUGGAGUUCUUAAAAGCUGUCAUAACCCCAGAAUACCUUCUGAUACUGGAUUAUAGGAACCUUCACCUAGAGCAGUGGUUUCUUCGGGAACUCGCUCCUCAGCUGGCAGGGGAAGGGCAGCUGGUGACAUACGCCUUACCCUUUGAGUUUAGAGCCCUGGAGGCAAUACUGCAACACAGGGCUGGCAGUCUCCAAGAGAGACUUCAGUAUCUGCAACCCCAUAUUCUGGAAACUUUGGAAGCGUUGGUGGACCCUAAACAGAUGUCAGUAGACAGAAGUAAAUUGCAUGUAAUGCUCCAGAGUGGAAAGAGUUUGUCAGAGUUGGAAACCGAUAUCAAAGUUUUUAAAGAGGCAAUUUUAGAAAUCUUGAAUGAAGAUGAACUUAUUGAAGAGCUGUGUUUGACCAAGCAGGCUAGUUUUCAGUCCCCUGUAGAAGGUAGUUCCAGGAUUGAUCAUGCUGAAGAGAUGGAACUGCUUCUAGAGAAUUACUACAGGCAAGCAGAGGACCUGGCUAAUGUGGCCAGAGAACUACGUGUCCUAAUCGAUGACUCUGAAAGUGUCAUUUUCCUUAACCUGGACAGCCACCGAAAUGUGAUGAUGAGGCUGAACUUACAACUUACAAUGGGUACUUUCUCCAUCUCUCUGUUUGGUCUUAUUGGAGUUGCCUUUGGCAUGAAUUUGGAAUCUACCUUUGAAGAUGUUCCUCAGAUAUUUUGGUUUGUUACCGGACUAAUGUUCCUAGGAAGUGGUCUAAUAUGGAGGCGUUUACUUUCUUUUCUUGGAAGACAUUUAGAACCAUCAAAGGCUCCAUUGAUCCUUAAGAGAACAUUUCCUUUCAAUGGAAGAGUAGAUUCACCAAACAACCAUAAGGUGUAAUUGUUCAUGUCCCAUGGACUACCAAGCAGAAUGACUGUUACAGUAGUAUAUCUUUAAUACCAAACAGAAAGCAGCACACUCAGGGCUGUGCUGGCCAUAAGGACAUUUUAAUCGUGAUUGGUGGAGGAGCUUCCUCUUCUGGGUCUGUGCCCCCUCCUGAGUAAACGACCACUUGGAAAAAUGCAGUUUAUGUGGACUUCAUUCACUUGCACUUUAUACCAUUUAGGGAGUAAAUAUAAAAUGUAUCUUUUUUAUGUUCUAAGACUUGUGGUAGAGUAAUUGUAAUACUAA